GGGUUGUGUGGCUGCCUAGAUAGUAAUUUAUUUCCUAUAGAAGGACCAUUCGAAGAAAUUAAUAUACCUACCACUAUGAAGAAGACUUUUGAAGCAAGAGGAGUUGCUCUAUUGCUUGCGUUUAUUCUGAUCAUUCAUAAUGUUUUGCAAGCAGAUUCUUCAUAUGACCAAGGAAAUGCAUUUUCCGGUAGAAAUAGAAUGCUUAGAAGGAUUUCAUCAGCGCCACCGCCCCCGAAGAUAAGUGUAAAUCCAAGUCCGAAGCCAAAGCCAACGCCAUCCCCGCCUCCACCACCAUCACAUACACCAACGCCAUGUCCACCUCCACCGCCACCACCAUCAUCGGCACCUUAGUACAAAUGAACUUUGAACAAUAUUGAAAUUUCCAUGUAUUUGAAUGUUGUUGUGUUUAUUUUUUAAUGUAAAAGUAGAAAUAUUAUUGUAAGAUCCUAGCCAAUAAAUCUAUGCUUGUUUUGAAUCAUGAUAAAUUCAAUAA